AUGAGUCAAGAGUCCAGCCAAGACAAACUCGUCACCCUUACUGUGCUUAAGAAGGGGAGGAAGAAAUCCAAUCGCCUAACUAACAUCGAGACCUACCUGAAGGAGAUGAGGAAAGACAUUAACAAACUUCGUGAUAAGAACAAGGAGGUUGGAGAAGAAUCCGAGAAAACCCAUACAAGAAGACAAUGA